ACUCCAAACAAUAUGAUAGCAUCCUUUUGGAACAGGAUAUGGUGGAUUGUUACGUUUCUGAUUUCGGUGUACGGAUGUAGUCGUCUAAUCCAGAAUAUCUACCGCAAAUGGGAUCAAACUCCGGUGAUUGUCAGCUUUAACGAAAAAAGUACUCCGGUGUGGCAGAUUCCUUUCCCGGCGGUUACGAUUUGUCCAGAAACGAAGGCCAAGAGCAAAUAUCUUAAUUUCACUUCCAUGUAUCACACCCUUAUGAACGACACAGAAAAAGAUGCCCUAGAUGAGGACACCUUCAAUCGAGUCCGAGCUGUGUCUCAAGUCUGUGAUGCCCACAUAUUCUAUAACAUCGAGUUGAAUCAGACCAUCGAUAGUGAUUGUGUAGAUUGGCUGAGGAAUGUUUCGGUUUCGGCCAACGAGAUGCUGAUGUUCUGCAAGUGGAGAAACGAUCCCAUCUAUUGUGAUACAAUUUUUACCGAGACGCUAACCGAGGAAGGACUCUGUUAUACUUUCAACUCGCUUUCGGCAGAAGAUUUGUUGAGGACUGAGGAACUUCACGAUGACUAUCCUUACGUUACGGAAAAUCGGAGCUCCUAUCACUGGACACCGGAAAGUGGCUAUAAGGAGGACGCUGAUAUCGAUACCUAUCCGGUUCGUGUCCUGGGAGCAGGUGCCAGGGGCGGAUUGAACAUUUUGCUGAGGCUGUAUGAUUAUGAUUUGGAUUAUCUUUGUCGGGGUCCCGUGCAAGGUUUCAAAAUCCUCCUCCACCCGUCGGGCGAAUAUCCGCAGGUCUCUAAACAAUACUUCCGGGUCCCACUGCACCAGGAAGUGAUUAUCUCCGUUAAGCCACAAAUGAUUACCACCUCGGAGGGUUUGCGUGAUUACGCCCCCCAUCGCCGCCAAUGUUACUUCCAUCACGAGCGCCAUCUGAAAUACUUCCAAGUCUACACGCAACAAAACUGUGAACUGGAGUGCAUCACCAACUACACGCUCAGAUCGUGCGGGUGUGUCAAGUUUUCGAUGCCACGGGAACCGGAGACGGCCAUUUGUGGGGCGAGCAAGAUCCAGUGCUACAACGAGGCGGAAGAUGAGCUGCUAAGUCAGGACGUUAAGUACAGCGUCGACAAGAGCUUCGAUUUUCGAGCCAAAUGUGACUGUCUGCCGGCUUGUACUUCUGUUCAGUACGAUGCCGAAAUAUCGCAGGCCGAUUUCAACUGGGAGCAGCUGUUUCUGGCCUACAAGAGUCCGCUGCUGGAAUUUCCGGGGAUUCAAUUGGGUCGUCUGACGAUUUACUUCAAGGAAGCCCAAUUUAUAACUUCGAAACGAAGUGAGCUUUAUGGCAUCACAGAUUUCUUGGCCAACUGCGGUGGCUUACUCGGGCUGUUUAUGGGCGUUAGCCUACUGAGUCUGGCGGAAAUUAUCUACUUCUGCUCGAUCCGUCCGUUUACCAUCCUGCGAUCGUAUCGGCUGAAGGCCGCCUCCCAUGGACCUGUGAUGUCCAUCAAACCACCGAUCUUUGAAAUCGAUAAACCAAAAGAUAGUUAAAUAAGCAAUUUUACAGAAUAUUAUAUCCUCAUUGACUAGUCUUCAGAUGUCAGAAUUUUCUAAUAGAUGUCUUCAAAUAAAUUAAAAUCAUUAAAUCAAGUGAUCACACCAAUCGGAAACCAAAGAACUUUACUUAGUAACCAGUUAUGUUAUGAUGAUCAAUUAAUAAAACUACUCUUAAUAAACUAGUUUUUAAGUGAACAAAGAUGCCUUCUAUGGGAUACUUUGAAAAGAAGUAAUGAAAUAAGAAACAAAACGAAUCACAAGCUUUCGGAAAGGCACUAAGAGGAAUAUAUCUAUUUCAGCUGAAUUUCUAUUGCAUCUUUAUUUAAUAAAUAGCGAGGACAAAUGACCCAAAAGGCAUAAAAUAAACAUCAUUCGUUUUCUGAGUUCUAAAUAUUUUUUUUUACGAUAAUGCUUGAAGACUCUUCAAAUCAAGAUUUCAUAUAAUGAAAAAAUAAUCCAGCCGAGAAAAUCAGCACAGAAUGUCCAAUGCUGAAUUCAAAUUUUUAUUGGUUUUCACCUCACUUUACUUUUGAGAAUGGCAAAUUAAAAUUUGUAAAACAAUUCAAAAGCGUUAUCAGUUAAAAUGCUUUUCAGUCUUCAACUAAGUUAUUAGAAAUCAUUAUAAAUA